AUGUAUAAUUUUCAUUUUGUAGUCAAUCCAAAAGAAAAAAUACACUUUUAGAACUAAAAAGCAUAGAUUCAAAUUCAAAAUAUCACUAGACGUCAUUUAGCUUUUAAAGUAUUCUAUGUUUUAAUUAUAGUAAUUUAGAUAAGAACAACAAACAAUUAAGAUUUUAAAGUGAUUGGAAAUAAAGGCAUCAUCAAUCCAAUGUCUACAAAUAUAAUUCAAAUCCUCAGCAAUAAAGAAGUUGUGUUUAACAAUAUUCUAGAAUAUUAUGAAAGCAAAAUUUUAGAUUAUGACAGUGAUAAUCAAUCCCAACGAUAAUAUUGAUACCGCUUUUGCGAAAGCUAAUUCAGAAUAAAUUUAGAUUCAGACAUUGAAAACUAAGUCCACAUUUGGAGACGACACUUAAUCUUUAAUAUCAGAGACAUCAUUUUUGAGAUUUACAGCAAUUCCUAAAUAAAUUCUUCCUAUUACUUCAAUUAAUGAUAAUUUAAUAGCUCCAAUUAACAAGAAGGAAGAAUUCUAGCCAACUAUUUUUCAUUUAUUAUUUGUUGGUGCUGCAUGUCUAUUAAUUGGCUACUAUACUCAUAUGUUUAAAAGUAGUAGCAAGAAUUGCUGA